AUGUCUUUACCCCUCCCGCCAGGCUUCAACCUUCCACCAAUUGCGCUGCCCCUGCCGCCGCCGCCGCCGCCGCCGCCGAGUAACAACAACAACUCCGUGAUCGCAGCCCUCACCAUCGCCUUCGGGAUCUUCGUGUUCGUGAUCUUCUGCGGGUGCAUCCUGUCCCGCAAAAAUCGUGAUGGUGACGAGGCCGAGGCCACCGAGGCGGCUGCAGACCUCGCCGCGCCGCCGUGGGCAACACCGUCGUCAGUACCAGUACCACCGGAGCCGUGGGAGAACGACGAGCAGCAUCUGCGGCGCCCGCGCAGCGGCGGCGGCGAGGGACGCCCGCGUCGCGUCAGCCCGGCGGCGGGCCUCCCGUCGUUCACGUACAGCCGGUCGGUGACGCACAACGUGACGGGCGGCGGCGGCGAGGAGGCGGCAACGUGCUCCGUGUGCCUCGGCGCGUUCCAGACGGGGGAGACGGUGCGGCUGCUGCCGGUGUGCCUGCACCUGUACCACGUCGAGUGCAUCGAUCCGUGGCUGGACGCGCACUCGACGUGCCCCGUCUGCCGUUCCGGCACCGAUCCGGCGACGGACGGCCGCCUACAUCUGCCGGUAUAG